UGCCAUACUGGCGUUGGUGAGGCUUGAAACCUCACAAACUAGUCGUCGUCACGCCCGCCUCCCGGCGUCGUUCCUCCCCUCGCCGGCCCGAUGGGACGACGGCCGGCCCCCGCACAACCUGACGGAAAAGUCGACAACACGCGGCCGAAGACCAAGAAGAAGAGCCGGAGGAAGGCCAUCUCCAUCCCCGACCCUCCUCCGGCGGGGGAUGAACCAGGCAGCAGCAGAGAAAUCAUAGCUCCCAAGACUGGAAUGAAGUUUAAAACCUUAGAAGAGCUCUGUGAAUUCUAUAACCGGUAUGCCCAGCAUCUCGGAUUUGCCACGAAGAUUAAAGGGUCGAGCAGGAAUCGUGCAUAUAUACAGAUCAUGUGUUGGAAGGGCCGCAAGAGGGAUAUAAGGAGGACCGAUGCGCUUGCACCAAGACCAACUCUAUAUACUAGUUGCCCGGCAUUGCUCAAAGUGCGUCUGUGCCGCUUUGACGGCAUGUACCACCUUAAAGAAGUUGUUCUUGACCACAACCAUGAACUCAAUCCACUCCGAAUGCACUUCUACAGGGAUGAGAAUAUGGUCGGGGCUGGUGUGAAGAAGCGUGAAGCACAUGUUGCUGUGGUGAGGGAAGAUAGCUUAGCUAUGGUUGAGAGGGAGUGGAUGAGCUCUGUUGAUGAGAUACAAUGGUUGAAGCUUGAGAAAGAGGAUGCUGAAGCUCUCCAUCAGUUCUUCCGCCGCAAGCAGGCUAACAAUUCAAACUUUUUCUAUCUGAUCGAUAUAGAUGGGGAGGGCCAUCUGAAAAAUGUUUUCUGGGCUGACGGCAGAUCAAGAGCAGCAUAUCGGUACUUUGGUGAUGUGAUCUUAUUGGACACAUCUUGCUUGAGAAGCAAGCAUAAUGUGCCUUUAGCCACAUUCAUUGGAAUAAACCAUCAUGGUCAGCCACUGCUAAUGGGUUGUGGCUUGCUUUCAAAUGAGAACACAAGAACCUAUAUAUGGUUGUUUCGGGCGUGGCUAUCAUGUAUGUCAGGGAAAUCUCCAAAUGCCAUAAUCACUGACCAGGGCAAAGCCAUACAAGAAGCAGUUGCUCAGGUUUUCCCAGGUUGCCCUCAUCGUCAAUGCCUGUGGCAGAUUAUGAAAAGGAUUCCCAACAAAUUGGAAGGAUGUGCGGAAUAUAAAGAAAUAAAGAAGGCAUUUAAGAAAACUGUGUAUGACUCUUUAAGUGCUCAUGAGUUUGAACAAGAAUGGAGAAAAAUGAUUGAGAAACAUAAUCUUGUAUACAAUGAAUGGCUCAGGUUGUUAUAUCAGGAUCGGUAUCAUUGGGCUCCUAUUUUUGUGAAAGAUAAAUUUUGGGCGGGGCUGUCCACUACCCAACGUGGUGAGAAUAUGGAUUUCUUCUUUGAGGGGCACUUAGAGUCAAAUACUUCUUUAAAGCAGUUUCUUGACGAGUAUGAGAUGGCUAUGGAGAGUAAAUACGAAACUGAAGCUCUAGCAGAUUUUGAAUCAUUCCAUAAGGUCCCACCAGUGUUCACCCAAUUCUACAUGGAGGAGCAGCUUUCAAAAAUUUAUACAAUUGACAUAUUUGUAAAGUUUCAGGAUGAGGUGAAGGCCUUAGUAUACUGUCACCCUUCACUAAUUAGGAAAGAUGGUUUGAUGUAUAUUUUUGAAGUUAGAGAACGUAUAAGAGGGAAAGAAGGUAAAAUGAUGGAGCAAAAAAAUUAUGAAGUUAUGUUUAAUCCAAAUGACCAGGAGGCGCAAUGCAUUUGCCAUUCUUUUCAGUACAGAGGCAUUUUAUGUAGGCAUGUGUUAUCUGUGUUUAACUUUCAAGAUAUUGAUGAGAUCCCAUCAUGGUACAUUGUUGAACGUUGGAAAAAGGACUUUAAGGGUGUGCAUCCUGUGGUUUGUCCUCCUUAUGAAAUGGUAGCCAAUGGGCCAAUGGAGCGUUAUGAAAAUCUGUACAAGCAUUGCCUCAAACUUGCCGAGGUAGGGACCAUAACUGAUGAUAAAUAUCAGUUUGUGCUAAAAAUAGUAAAUGAGGCAAUGGAGAAGCUUCUCGUGGACAAUUUCACUUGCAAAGGUAAGCAGGUUAAGAUUGUGAUGACAGAACCUACUAUAGAUUGCAAUACUGUUGAUAGCUCUGCAAUAAAUGACAAUGAUGAUAUGGGUAAAGAGAUUGAGGAAAUUCGUGAUCCUAAGGAAGCAAGAAAGAAGGGACGGAAAAAGAGGAAAGAAUCUGCAGAGACAUUAAACAGCAACAAAGAAAAGGAACAAGUUAACCAGACAAAUGCACCAGUUUUUCUCCAUCCUCCACUGCAUUUGAACUUCCAACAUCCGUUUGCCAAUCCAUCAUGGGCACAGUGGAACUUUCAGCACAUGAACCAGGUUCAGCCAUCUAACUUAAUUUACUAUGCCGCGGCACCAGUGAACCACCCACAGUUUGGUCUCUUCCUAAAUAAGGAUCAACUUGGUGAUCCAAGAUUUACCAACAGUUCAGGGAUUCCAUGGAGCUCUCAGCAAAUACUAGAGAAAACUCAAAACCCAGUGGCACUUCCCGGUCCCAAGAAAAAGAAGAAGAGAAAGAAUGAUGUUGUAGAACUGUCACCUUGAGCACAUGGAAUGUAACAUUCAUUAUGGCGGCUAUGGCCUUUUAUAGUAACAGAUGGCGGACUCGGUAUCAAACUGUAGUUGAGAUAAGUUUUCCUGGUUUUGAGUAUCAUUAUGGCAUAUAAUUCCUGUAUAGUCUUGCAGACUUUUAUUUCCAUAACACUACCAUCUUUUGAGGUAUUUCAUGAUUCAAGGGCAGUGGUCUUUUUUCUCUGCCUUCUGGUAGAGUCAUUGAUGGCUUCCACAAAAUUGCAAAGGAAAAAAGAGGAAAUCUUUUCUUCACAAAUAUAAUUAUGUUUUUGAGCUCUGAUCCGAGCAAUGCUUGAUGCCCCUCUUUCUGCUGACACUGAAACCCACACGGGCCACACCCUCUCAGACAUGUGGUGCUCAGGAGGGGUGGAGUUGGCUUGUUGGUAAGAGGUCAUGAGUUUCGCUUGUUGCCUGAAGUGGGUGUAUUAAGCAUACUGUGAAACAGUGCCAGUCCAUCCAAUCAAAGUGACUAGUCUAUGAAUCCUUCUGCACGUUAAACUUGAAGACUUGGUAAUCUCCAUCCAAUGUCAAUUUUGGGUAGUUGCCAAAUCUGAGCUCAUUCCUAGCUAUCAUCCAACUUUUAGGUGUAUGUAUCUCAUUAGCAGAUUUAAAUGCUCUUCUAUAUAAUCUCGAUUCUAAUUCUGGAGCUUUUCUGAAUUGACUCUGGGUUUUAAUGUCA